AUUUUCCUCGACGGAAGGCUCAAUGCGUCCUCCAUUGUUAUUACAACGCAAGUCGAGCAAUGCAUGGGGAGCAUCCGUUCAUUACGUAAUGUCGCGCAAAGCGUCUGGUUUCUGGAUUGUUCAAACAGCUAAUACUUUCGUUCGUCCAAUAUUUUCUUUUCAUUUGAGCAUUCUUCUUUUAGUUAAGCUAGCAUUACGUAAUUUAUGGAAGUUCUUGAACUACGCAUUGAUGCGACAAAAACUCCCCUCCUGACAUAUGAUCCUGUCCCUGCACACAAGCUGCAUGUUGCGCACGCACGCGCCCUAGUUAAGCAAGAAACCCGGUCUAGCCCCGUCCCGGUGGUCGGUAAUUAAAUUAGUGUCGCGACACCCCGGGAGCUGCUUUUGGUGUGCUCUUCUCGCUGGAGUAAACGGAGGAAAAGACACCUCCGUUUGCGUGCAUCACAGUACCGCGAUCAAUGCUAAUUAGGUGUUUCUGGACGAUGGUGGUGUUGGGGUGGUUAUAGCAGUCAAACAUUCCGCAAACGUUAGGUGAACCAUAGCGAACGCAGCAUUCAAAAUACCGCAAAACAGCCCAGGCACAGGAAAUGAUCCUACCGUGCAUCUCGUGCGCUUGUUCUUGGAAGAAGGUGCUCGGUUUACCGGCAACACGGAGAGCGUAACCGAAAGGAUGGACUUCUUUAAAAGCGUGCUGCCACCGCUGCCGAAGCUCCCGAAGCUGAAGAAAAUCCGCCAAUGGAACGGUGGCUCCCUGCUGAACCUGCACCAGUUCCCGAACCUGCCCGCUGCGUUCAACCUCGGCGGCAGUGUCCCGGCCGCCCCCGCAACAACGACCAGCACCCGCCGGCAGCCGGCCCUGCCCCGCGGUGACUGCGUGCACCCGCCGCACGGACCCGCCCCACCGCCAGCCCGCGCCCAGCCGCCGCAGCACAUGCGCCACUCGUCCGACAUUUCCAUCAUCUCGGCGGCGGUCAGCAGCCGCACGCCGGCCGACUACAGCCACCGGGACAAUCUCGGCCUGUACGCGCUCAAGUGCGAUCGCAGCGCGGCCAAGCGCGGCAUACUGCUCCACCUGCCGCGCAAGAUCACGCAAGCGGUCGGAGGCGGCGGCGGCGACAUGAUGGUGCAGCACGGUGCGCCCGCCAUGGUGCACGAGAAGUUUUCCCCCUGCAAGCGGCAUCCCCCGGCAGUGGACGCGCCGCUGCCCGAGAUAAGGCCGCCGCCGAGGCGCAGAAAGCGGCCCCCGCCCGCGGUGACCCACCAGCGGCAACCGCCCGCCGGCCCCCCGGAAGCGGAUCUGAGCCGGUGGCAGAAGAACAGCAGCGAGCUGUUCCGGAUCGUGGAGCGCGAGUCGGCGACCGCGGCCCGGGCCCGCUCGGCGGGCGGCCUGGGGAUGCCGCGGGCAAAGAAGCCGCACCGUGCCGGUGCCGCCGCUGCCGCCCCGGCCAAGAGCGCUUUUUUAGACGCACCGACGUCGAGCAGCGACGGCGUGGUCGAGCUGGUCCAGCAGACGAAGGCCCAAUCGGUGGACAACCUGCUGGCGGUGCGGUACCACCGGCGGCGGCGGGGCGCCUUCGCCGAGCCGGAGCGCUCCCGGGACGACACGGACAGUGAGUCGUCCGACCGGCAGGUGCAAUCAUUACGGCACCAUCAGCCACCAUCGCACCAUCAUCAUCGACGCACCUCGUCGGCUGCCGGGGCGGAAAUCGUCCCCACGGCGGCCGCAACGCAACCGAGACAACGGGCUCCACUGCGCACCAUACGUCAGCAGCAGCAGCCGCCGCCGGCGUCGGGCUCCACUUCACUGCCGCCCGCCGGGGCGCUCGACCGGGCGUGCGAUUUCUCCAUCGACAACAACUCGGACGAGAUCGAGGUGCGGUUCCGGCGGGGCUACAGUACGGACGGCAGCAGCGACGCCACGACGACGGUGGCGGUCAUCGCCCCGCCGCCCGCGCAAGCCACCGAGCCAAGCAAGAUCGCGGAAAAGCUGCCCCUUCCGCCGCGCGUUUUGCAGCUCCGCCGGACCGACUCGGACGCCAAUCGGGGCAGAUGGGAGCCGGGUGCGGGCGUACCGAAACACGAGCCCAAAGGCGAGACACCCGAUCCCACACCUCCUCCCCCUCCUCCACCGCCUCCACCUCCCCCUACCGCUAUUCUUCCCCCACUGCCUGUUGCCGCACCUGGCACGGGCCGCGCCUUCACGCCACUGGCCGAGGUGCUGCGCAAAUCGCUCGACAGUGCGGAGCUGAAGCGCAAGUGGCUCAACGACUUCCUGUCGCAGGGCAGCGAGGGCGAGCCGGCCGGCGACGGUCCGGGCCGGCCGGCCGUCACGGCGAUGGAGCUGGAGGAAGCGUUCGUGCCGCAGCUCGACAUCGUCCAGCGGAUGGAUCGCCAGCUGGCGGAGCUGGAGUCGGGCGGGACGGGGCCGCCCCACCACCGGCAGGGUUCGGCCGGCAGCGUGGACAUCUUCCGCCGGCCGGCCUGCGAUUUCGACGAGUUUGACGAGCUGUUCACGCCGGCGGAAGUGGAGCAGCAGCCGGCCGGCCAGAAGACCGGCAAGCUGAACGAACGAGUCACGUGCAUCGAGCGGGACAGCACCACCAGCAAUCUCUGCUUCUCCUCCUCCUCCUUCUCGUGCGCGAGCCUGGAGGACGGAAAGCCGCCAGCCCUGCCGCCAACUGCACCGCCUCCACCGCCUCCACCACCACCGCCGGCUUGCCUGGCGGUUGCGGGUGGCGCAGCACGACGGCGGUGGAGUGCCGGGAGUGACGAGCUGGUACCACCGAACGCCGGAACCGGUUGCAGAAGCACGGUCAAGAUACAGGACUACAGCGGCAAGCAUCAGCAUCUGCAGCGCGUGCGCUACCUUUCCUCGCCGUCCCCGUCCCGCAGCUCGACGGUCGUUCAGCCGCCGGACGGCGACUCGGGCGGCAGCGUCGACAGUGGCGAGCCGCACGCGAAUGGGAACACCAAUGCAGUGCAUCCCGGUGGCGGUGGUGGCAGCACAACGGUAGAAAAUUCUGUUUCCACCAGCAGCCGGAAAAUGCUGCCCGUGCCGGAAAAUCUAACCCAGAACGGCCACUGGACGGGUGUGGAGCGGCAGGGCGAUCAACACACGGCGCGUCCGGACCGGCUGUCAUCAACCGGCACUGGCGGAGUAAACAACAACAGCAACCACAGUGUGCUGCCGGAUUACAGCGAAUACUACAACGAGGAGGGUGUCAUUAUUAUAUGAAAUCUCGCAACCUCAGCCGAACUCUCCAGCUUAUACACCGAAUGCACCGCAGAUAGCCCGGUCCCUUCCCUGUCCCCCUCACCAAGAAAUAUUAAAAUCAAACAGAAAACGGAAGAGAGCAUGAACAGCGCGCGCGCCUUUUAAUCGGUGUGGCAGGGGAUCAACAAUAUCAUAUAUUUGCCAGUUGCGGAGGGAGAGUGGGGGACGCAUAUCUUGAACUAUUGUAUCGAUUUUACUUAGUGCAGUGAAAAUAGAUAGAAAGAGAGUAAAAAACAAGAGACACACACAAUCACACGUAAACGAAACUAAUAAUCGAAAUUGGCGCUGAAAUAAAAAAAAAAAACAAACUAAUAUAUACCGUGUACAUAGGUAUAGCAUA